AUGGCGGCCCCAACUGUCGUCUUCAUCUCGGGCGUGCGGCAAGGCAUCGGGCGUAGCCUGCUAGAACGCUACCUCCUCCUUCCUAACCACAUCGUGAUUGGCACGGUGCGCAACCCCGACACCAACUCCAACCUCCAAGCCCUCCCCACGGCCACAGGCAGCCGAUCGCUCCUUGUCUCCAUCGAGAACGCCAAUCCCGACGACUACGCCACAGCCCUGGCCACAAUCACCAGCGAAGGAAUCAACCACAUUGACGUCCUCAUCGCCAACGCACGCGGGAGCCCGCCGCUGAAGUCCAUAGACGAUGUCCCCCCCGAACACCUGGCCUCAGCGUACGCAGUCAAUACCAGCUCCGCCCUGCUCUACUUCCAGACCUUCAAGCCCCUGCUCCAGGCAGCAGCGCAGCCGAAAUGGGUUUCUGUCUCCACUGCGGCCUCGUCGCUUGCCCUGAUGGGCGAGAUCGGAACAUACGUUGCCCCUGCGUAUGGGGCGUCCAAGGCGGCGCUGAAUUGGCUGACCCUGCGAGUGUUUGGGGAUAAGAAUCCCCAUACUAGCACAGGUGGUCGCCACGCGUACGGCGGCACUUUCGAGCGCCUCCAGAGCAGGUUGGCGUUGGAUCUCAGGGUUGACGAUAGCCGCUCCGCUCUCCGUGCGCGGACUGUUCUAGUCAAAUAUAUAUGA